AUGGCCGAACCCAACCAUCCCACUUCCCAGCAAGCCGAUCCAUCCCCCUCGUCCCUAGUUGACAAGGCCGUUCCGUCCACCCUCUCUGCACGCAUCGAUCUCCUCGUCGCGCUGCACCUCUGGUCGUGGCCGGCCUUGACCCUCGCUAUCCAGAACAACUGGGGGGGCUCGGCGCAGGUGUCCAAGGACAAGCGCGACUGGCUGGCGGGUGCGGUGUCCGAACUGCUCACGUCAACCCCACCGCAGUUGGCCGACGUAGGCGAUCUCGAGGAAGUGCUCCUACAGGUCAUGACCGACGAGUUUGAGGUCGUGGUAGACGACGAUAGCGCCGAAGAAGUCGCAAGGGGGAUAUGGAGUGGGUGCGCGAAGCUCGUGGAUGGCGACACGAGCGGGUUACAAGCGCUCUAUGAGAAGUGGCAGGAGAGGCAGAAGAAGGGUGGGGAGCCAAAAGUUGAGAUCGUCAGAGCAGAGGAUAAAGAAGGCGAGGAGACGGAUUGGGAUGAUGAGGAUGACGACGACGAUGACGAGAACGAUUGGAAGGCCGAUAGGCCAGAUGUCAAUAUGGACGAGGCGCCUCCUCUCGUGGACAUCGAUUGGAUGCCGAAAAGGGCGUGUAAGAACAAACCCGAGCCGGAGAUCGACGAAGAGGGUUUCACGAAAGUGGUGGGCAAGAACAAGAAGAAAUGA